GUUAUAGUCAACUUCCGGUUUGAAUAGUCCUAUUUCGUAAUUUGUUAUAUAUGUGAUUAUCGAUCACUUAUAUACUCUUAUAGGUCAGUUUUAUGCAUUGAAUAUGUGACUCGUACUCCAUUCUCAAAAUAUACUGCAAAUCUUAGAUAGAUAAGAAUCCCAGUGUCAUGUCUGGUCAAAGGUGCCUACAGAGAAGUACUAGAAUCUUCAAAGGAUUAUGUCAAGCACGCGAUUCCUGCAGCAUCCUUCCUCCCAAUAUCAAACUUCACAUAUCAACAACUCCUAAUCAGAGCAGGAUUCUCAGCAAGUCAAUUGUUUUUUGUCAGGAUGGAGUUGAGAUUCGAGAGAUUCCUAUUUUAGUGAGAAGAACUGACAAGUAUGACUUUCCAGUGAUUAACUACAUGGGGACUGGUUCAGUUGAUGAUAUUCAGAAAAUAUCUGAACAUGAUAACUUUUUCAAGGAGAGGCUUCAAGCUUGUCGGAGUGCAACUCAGGUGUUCAAAAUGCUUGAGAUCCCAUCAGAUCAAGUCACUGCAUGCUCAGCUGCCUUUGCUCUAGAACGACUCUGUCAGCUCCAGAAUGCCACAUAUGAAGACAUUGAUUCCUUCGUUACAACAGCUGUCCUCAAUGAACUUUGCGACACAGUUGUUAAGGACAUACAUUCAUUGAAGAAUGUCGAGUUAAUCAAUUUAGUAAAAUGCCACCUGAAAUCUGGGAAUUUUUCUGAAAUCCAUUCAACACUAAUUGACGAGGAAACGGAGAAGAGACUUGGAGAUAAAAUGUUUGGUAUCACUGAAGUUUGUUCACUAAUUGAUACACUGAUGACCCAUCCCAAAGGGGAUAAAGAAAUAGCUGAUAAUGCUUUGAUUCAUAUAGGGAAUCGAACAAAGGAGAUAGAUGAGACUAACAUAGCAGAUGUAUAUAAAGCAUUGUCGAAAGUGUCCCCUUUGAAGAAAUAUAUGUCAAAACUAUUAGUGAAACAGUUGCUGCUCUGCUGGUGGAAAAUAUCCCCCAAAGAUAUGACAUCUAUUGUCUCAAAUCUCACACAAAUGAAAUAUUGCGCAGGAAGCGAACUAGUUAUGGUAGGAAAGUGGGUGCUCUUGAAUAUACAUAACAUUAAGCAAAAUGAAAUGACUUACUUUGUGGCAGCAUAUCGCCAUUUUAAAAUGGGAAAUGCAAACUUCAUGAGAGCCUUGGAGCGAUACAUCCCAGCAAAAAUUACAUCAUUGGACAGCACAUUAAUCGCUCUAACAAUGGAUUAUUGUAAGGAAUGCAGAUAUGUGUCUCCAAAAAUAUUCAACUGUAUUUCUUCCCACUUUGUGCAAUAUUCUCAUCGCUUCAGUGUUGACCAGAUGGCAAUGUUACUCUACCCAUAUGGCUACCUGAAUUACCUUCCUCCCAAUGCAAAUGAACUAUUCCAAAAGAUUGAAGAGAGGCUCAACGGAGAAUUUAACCAGUUCUCUCCAGAGAGCAUCGUUGAACUUUUGUGUUCAUUUGCUUUCUCUGGGCGCUAUGCAAUCAACUUUGUUAGACAAGUGUUCACUCCACACUUUGUGGCACAAUUACACAGAAUCUCUGACAAGAAGACACGCUUACAUGCAUUUCGGUCUCUAGACUUAUUCCAGUCAGCUGUGCUACUAGAAGCACACAAAGUUCGCCUCCCUAUCCUAGUCCUUGAUGCAACAAAGAAACUGCCAUAUUUGGAAGCUUCAUACUACCAGAACUGUUGUAGAGAGAUUGCAGCUGACCUCAGAAAGUUACUUGGAGAGGACAAUUUUGCAUGGUGGUCAUUUGUCAACAAGGCAAGACAGCACAUAGAUUUUGAGAUUAAACUUGAUAAUAACAAGUACCCAAUGCACAAAACUACCCCAUCCGAACAGAUAGAUCAAAAGAUAGCUGUGAUUGUACAAGUGCCGGACUACUACUGUGUGAAUAGCAAGGAACUUCUAGGAGAACAUGCUAUGAAGUUGAGGCAUCUAAAAAAACUGGGAUACAAAGUUAUGGAAAUCUCCAUGGUUGACUACAAAGGUGCCAGCGACCAGGAACAGAUGCUCAUUGAUGUCUUACAUGGUCAUGUGAAUAUUCCAACACAUAGGAGUAGGACAGGUCUUUCUGAUGAUACAUGAAGGGGCUCUCUAAUGAUACUUGAUAUGCUACAGAGCCAUAUAAAGACUGCCCAGGUCUUUCCAAUGAUAUAUGAAACACAAUGGAAGCAGCAUAGCAUAGAUCCUUACCUUACACAAAGCAUUAAAUUAAAUGUGCCAGUUCUGAUGAUGAUUGACAAUUGACACGAUAUUUAUGUGAAUAUCUUAUUAAGAUGUAGAACAUAUUUUUCUGAUUAUACACAAUUAAAUGGAAACAGUGGUGCUGGAACAGUAUGCCUAUGGACCCAGAUGGGAAAAUCCAAAUACAAAUGUCUCUGAUGAUGCAAGUAGCACUUAUAGUAUGAUGUUAUUACAUAGACAUAUGAAAAUACAAUCAUGAUUUCACUUGAAACAUUAUUUAAUACAUGUAGUCACAAAUCCUGUUUAGCAAUUAGCAAUAUAAUAUACUUCUUGAUUUGAGAUUUCCAGGUGUGAACAGUAUAUACAUAUCUUUUAUUGACUCUUCAGAUGUCAUGGCAUGACAUAUUAGUCAGUACUAUAUCUAGUACACCUUCCUCAAAGUGUGAUUGUUAUCAACUUACUAAAAUGCCUAUUUAUUUCAUAAUGUGCAGGAUUGUAUAUUUGUUGCUUUCAAAAAUUGAUUUAUCUAUUUUGAAACCGAGAGCCUCGAUGCCUUGAAAAGUGAUAUGGUUGGUGAAGAUCUCGUCUCGGGUAUUGUAAAGUGAUCUGGUUGGUGAAGAUCUGGUCUCGGGUAUUGUAAAGUGAUCUGGUUGGUGAAGAUCUGGUCUCGGGUAUUGUAAAGUGAUCUGGUUGGUGAAGAUCUGGUCUCGGGUAUUGUAAAGUGAUCUGGUUGGUGACGAUCUGGUCUCGGGUAUUGUAAAGUGAUCUGGUUGGUGAAGAUCUGGUCUCGGGUAUUGUAAAGUAAUCUGGUUGGUGAAGAUCUGGUCUCGGGUAUUGUAAAGUGAUCUGGUUGGUGAAGAUCUGGUCUCGGGUAUUGUAAAGUGAUCUGGUUGGUGAAGAUCUGGUCUCGGGUAUUGUAAAGUGAUCUGGUUGGUGAAGAUCUGGUCUCGGGUAUUGUAAAGUGAUCUGGUUGGUGAAGAUCUGGUCUCGGGUAUUGUAAAGUGAUCUGGUUGGUGAAGAUCUGGUCUCGGGUAUUGUAAAGUGAUCUGGUUGGUGAAGAUCUGGUCUCGGGUAUUGUAAAGUAAUCUGGUUGGUGAAGAUCUGGUCUCGGGUAUUGUAAAGUGAUAUGGUUGGUGAAGAUCUGGUCUCGGGUAUUGUAAAGUGAUCUGGUUGGUGAAGAUCUGGUCUCGGGUAUUGUAAAGUGAUCUGGUUGGUGAAGAUCUGGUCUCGGGCAUUCCUUCCAU